AUAACACUGAACUAUUUGUCGGAGUCGGACUCCAUUGGAUCUUUUCCGCCCCCGUCCCCGUCCCCCCCAAUCCCUGCUGAGACUUCUGGACUACUUACUCCUCUCGGUCCUUCUCCUUACUUUCUUUGGAUUUAUCGCCGCGGAAAGGCGCGCUUCUUCUCCUUUUUGGAAACAUGCUGGUCGGACGCAAACCGUGUUGGAGGCAAUUGCAGGCUUCUCUUUUCCGACUGCUGUGUCUUAUCCCGACAGGAUUCCCCGUCCGCAGUGUGGAUAUGCAGCGGGCCACCGACAACAUCACAGUCCGCCAGGGCGACACGGCCGUCAUAAGGUGUUACGUUGAUGACAAAUUCUCCAAGGUUGCCUGGCUCAAUCGAUCAAACAUCAUCUUUGCCGGCCAGGAUAAGUGGUCUCUGGACCCCAGGGUCGAUCUGAUUACCAAAGGACAGCUUGAGUACAGCCUACGCAUACAAAAGGUGGAUGUUUAUGAUGAAGGGUCAUAUACCUGCUCCAUACAGACUAAGCAGCAGCCCAAGCCCUCGAUGGUCUACCUCAUUGUACAAGUUCCAGCCAACAUCUACAAGAUGUCAGAAGACAUGACGGUAAAUGAGGGCAGCAAUGUCACACUCAGCUGCUUGGCCAGCGGCAGGCCGGACCCUCUAAUCACCUGGCGGCUGCUCAACCCCUCAGCAGAGCCACUGGAUGGAGAGGAGUACCUGGACAUCAUCGGUAUAAUGCGAAACCAAGCGGGGCGCUACGAAUGCAAGGCCAGCAACGACGUUGCCACGCCCGAUGUCAAAUACGUCAACGUGAUCGUCAACUACCCUCCGACAAUAAAGAAAACCAAAAGCUGGGAGUCCCAGAUUGGCCGCAUGGGGUCGCUGGUGUGCGAAGCCACCGCUGUGCCCACACCAGAAUUCGAAUGGUACAGGGACGACAAAAGACUGUCCAGUUCCCAGAACAUCAAUAUUCAAGUUCUUGGCACUAGCACCAUUCUCAUGAUUCCAAGUGUCACUGAAGAGGAUUAUGGGAAAUAUACCUGUGUGGCCUCAAACCGACUGGGUGUCCAGAACGCCAGCCUCUUCCUCUACAGACCCGGAACAGGCCGAGAUAUCAACGGCUCUGCCUGCGUCUCUCAAUCACUGUGGCUGUUCCUGGCCUGCUUUGCCUGCCUUCUCUUCAAGUGUUAAUACUUCUCCUUGUCUCCUCCGCCUCUUUCCUUCCACUCGGCCUUUCGACCUUCCCUUCCUUGUGCUCUCCUACUCACCGACAUCCUUAUCGCUACCUGAUCACCGACCUUACAGCCCCCAGACUGUUUGCAUUAUAACAAAAAAAACCUUAUGUGCUGUCAAACACUGCUUAAAGAUAUUAUGUGUCGGGUCAUGAGUAAAACGCUAUAGAAGCAAGAAAAAAAAAAAUACAGAUAUGAAGGACAGAACAAGCAAACAGUGCUCUUUCAAAAAAAAAUGUGUUGCUCUUUUUAAUAUGUAUGCACUUCUUUGUUUCUGCUAUAUAUCUUGUCUGUGAGGUCUGGGUGAGGUUUAGGGUUUGUUGUACUUCUAUGUCUUAUGGAAUUGAACACAAAGGUGCCCCACUUAGGAGGAUGCCAACAAUCAUUUGUCUUUAGAAUACUCCCAGAGCUGCGUUAUUAGAAAUGAAAUAUAAUAUUUUAUCGCUAUCCAGUGCGUUAUUAAGGUGUAUGAAUCUGCCAAAUAAAACACAAAGAGAAAGUCAAAGUAGGAUCAAAUUGUUUCUGGAUGUAGCAUUCAAUUUUUCACAUGGAGCUCCAGUAGAUACGGACAACAACAAAAUAAUUCAAUUUUUUUUUUCUGCACCGGGUCUUUAACGAUUGUGCACAUUAUUGUCAUGGCAAAUAAAAACUAGGGUCUAUUUCCAAGCAACAUGAGUCGCACAGAUGGGUCACAUUUUAGGUCAAAAAGAACUACAUUUGUUUUUGUUUAUUUAGCAAUCUCUUUCAAAAGGUCAGACAAUAACCGAAGUAGUUGUUGCCCUAAGAAAUCAUCCAGACACCCACAAAUAUGAUCAGAAAAGACACGGCUUCUUAGGUGCGGUGUUUUCAUCCAAGACCGAAUUAUAGGAAAAGUAGGGUAUACGAAAACCCAAGGUACCACUGUAUCGUCUUCUUUCCACUUUAUUCGGCUAUUCGUUUUUGAAAAAGCCUAUGUUGUCGUUUUUGUCAGUGCUGAAAAUGGGGAUGUGUGUUAAAGUGGAUUAAAGGGGAACAUUAUCACCAGACCUAUGUAAGUGUCAAUAUAUACCUUGAUGGUGCAGAAAAAAGACCAUAUAUUUUUUUAACCGAUUUCCGAACUCUUAAUGGGUGAAUUUUGGCAAAUUAAACGUCUUUCUGUUUAUCGCUCUAUGGCGAAGACGUCAGAACGUGACGUCACCGAGGUAAUACAGCUGCCAUUUUCAACACAUUUCAAACACCGGGUCUCAGCUCUGUUAUUUUCCGUUUUUUCGACUAUUUUUUGGAACCUUGGAGACAUCAUGCCUUGGAGACAUCAUGCCUCGUCGGUGUGUUGUCGGAGGGUGUAACAACACUAACAGGGAGGGAUUCUAGUUGCACCACUGGCCCGAAGAUGCGAAAGUGGCAAGAAAUCUGCCGCCAGACCCCCAUUGAAGGUGCCGGAGUGUCGCCACAUUUUACCGGCGAUGACAGACAUGGCACAGAGAUGUAUGGAUAACCUGCAGAUGCAUUUGCAACGAUAAAGUAAACGAAAUCACAAAGGUGAGAUUUGUUGAUGUUGUUGACUUAUGUGCCAAUCAGACAUAUUUGGUUGCGGCGUGACAGCCAGCUAAUUGAUGCUAACAUGCUACGCUAAUCGAUGCUAACAUGCUAUUUACCGGCGGAGCUAAAGCAGACAUGACACAGAGAUGUAUGGAUAACCUGCAGAUGCAUUUGCAACUAUAUUACUUUUCCUUCCACCCACAUUUAAUGCGAAAAAAACACUUACCAAUCGAGGUAUUUAAGUUGCCAGUGUCACAAGAUGCGAAAGUCCUGAUCGUUUGGUCCGCACAUUUUACCGGCGAUGCUAACGCAACUAUUCGGCCAUGCUAUGGCUGUGAAUAGCGUCAAUAGCUUCAGUUUCUUCUUCAAUACUUUCAUACUCCAACCAUCUGUUUCAAUAUAUGCGUAAUCUGUUGAAUCACGUAAACUGAUGAAAUCCGAGUCCGAAUCCAAGAUAAUGUCGCUAUAUCUUGCUGUGGUAUUUGCCAUUGUUUGUUUGUAUUGGCAGCACUGUAUGACGUCACAGGAAAAUGAACAGUGUCUUGGCAGAGAGCGAAAAAAAGGCACUUUAAAGCUUUUUUUAGGGAUAUUCCGGGCCCGGUAACAUUUUGAAAAAAACUUUUAAAAAUACAACAAGCCCCUGGGAACUGAUUUUUAUUGUUUUUAGCCCUUUUGAAAUUGUGAUAAUGUUCCCCUUUAAGGGUCCUUUACAACUCAAACAACAAAGAUGCUGAUCAAGAUAAUGAACUUCUCUGGCAAAGUUUCUGUCCUGCACCAUCGGCAAUGCUUUAGUUACAUAGUCUAAGGCAUUUUAGAUUUUAGUCAAACUCAUUUUAGAUCGGGGGCCACAUGGAGAAAAAUCUACUCCCAAGUGGGCCGUAAAAUCACGGCACGAUGACUUAGAAAUAAAGACAACUUCAGAAUGUUUUGUUUGUUUGAACAUAAAACAAGCACAUUCUGAAAAUGUACAAAUCAUAAUGUCCUUAGGGGUUUUUUGCACUUACAUGUUGCGGUUAAUAGUAGUCUACCUUUAUUUGUCGUUAUUUAUACUUUCAGAAUAAAUUAGGUGAUAAUGUUCAUCAGUCAAUUCAUUAGUGUUAAUUUUCAAUCUAUUAAGAUAAAAAAAUAAUAUCAAAAUCAAAUUACAGGAUGUUAUUUAUGUAGUGUUCUAAUUUUUCUCAACUGGUGUACGAAUAUGUGGUUUAUUUACUUUUUUAACAUUAAGCAUCAUCUACACUAGUGGACACAUUUAAAACAGCAGUUUCUCUCAUUGAAAAAUGUGGGCUCAUUUUUACACUCAUCCCGCGGGCCGGAUAAAACCUGUUCGGGAGCCUAAUCUGGACCACGUGCCGUACGUUUGACACCCCUGGUCUAAGGCCUCUUCUACACUUAGCCGGCUAUGGUUAUCCAGGGUAAAUCCCACCUAACCGUAUCCUUGUCCACACACACACACACAAUGGUCGUUUGAGACCCUCUUCCCCCCCUCCGUCCACAACACACUGGAAUCCAGUGUGUUGAGGGGCCCUAUUAUAGUGAAUCACACCUGAGACAUUAUAAAUUAAUCAAAUCUUUAUUAGACACGUGAAAAUAAACAAUGUGAUAAAGAACAUUUUACUCAAUCAAUCUAGGGAUAUAGAUAUCUUGUCAGGAAACUCCUCACUCUUUUGCCUUCACCUUCAUUGUCCAGUCGUUUUUUUGGUGACUUUAUAUACUCUGGACCUAGGCAUUGAGUCCACGACAUAACUGAUACGGUCUGCUUUGCCAGUCCAAAUGCAUUCGAGGUUUUCCGUAGUCUUCCCUCGUCAGCCAGGUAAUACAAGGCACACGCUACCUUUUUUUAAUCACAUCCAAGGUAGCCCGCAUUCUCGUUGUCUCUCCUCCGACAAAUGGACAAAGUUUUUCGGUAAGUAGAAUCAUUCGAAAGUUCUCUUGCCAUCUAAGAUGUGUUGUAUCCAAAAUAGCUGCAAUCUUGCGUUUUCUUCUCCUAAGGUAUCCAUGUGUGAUUUCCACAAGAAGAAUGCGAAACACGGGCAUGUCUGGAUGACUCGCCUCCAUCUUUCCAGUGGUUAGUUCGGGUUGUUAUGAAGCUGGCUGUGGCGCAUUCUUUCUGACGUCACUUCCUCCCCGAACUCAGUUUGUAAACGAUCAAUGAGUCCAUUCAAAGCUAAGAGCCGGAGAUUCGAGAAAUACACAGCGCACUUACCCGUGUAAAAAAUUAUCCAAGUUGGGGGGCCUUCAACGAUGGUUUAGUGUGCUGAAACAGGGCUUAGGCUAAAUAAUUACUUGUUUAAAGGGGAACAUUCUCACAAUUUCAGAAGGGUUAAAACCAAUAAAAAUCAGUUCCCAGUGGCUUAUUUUAUUUUUGGAAAUUCUUUUCAAAAUUUUACCUGUCCCGGAAUAUCCCUAAAAAAAGCUUUAAAGUGCUUGAUUUUCGCUAUUUGCUUAAGCCUCUGUCCAUUUCCCUGUGACGUCACAUAGCGAUUCCAAUACAAACAAUGGCAAAUAGCACAGCAAGAUAUAGCGACAUUAGCUCGGAUUCAGACUUGGAUUUCAGCGGCUUAAGCGAUUCAACAGAUUACGCAUGUAUUGAAACAGAUGGUUGGAGUAUGGAGGCAGUGAGCGAAAACGAAAUUGAAGAAGAAACUGAAGCUAUUGAGCGAAUAGCUAUUGACGCUAUUCGGCCAUCUUUACGUUAGCAUCGGCGGUAAAAUGUGCAGACCAACCAAUCAGGACUUUCGCAUUGACACGGGAUCAACUUAAAUCCGUAGAUUGGUAAGUGUGUGUUUCGCAUUAAAUGUCGGUGGAAGGAAACGCUGGAUGUAAAUAUAGUUUCAAAUGUACAUACAGGUAGCCUAAAUAGCAUGUUAACAUCGAUUAGCUGACAGUCAUGCCGCGACCAAAUAUGUUUGAUUAGCACAUAAGUCAACAACAACAACAACACUCACCUUUGUGAUUUCGUUGACUUUAUCGUUGGGAAUGCAUCUGCUUUGAGUGUCGCAGGAUACCCAGACAUUUUUGCCAUCUCUGUCGUAGCAUCGCCGAUAAAAACCAAAUGGGGGACUUUUGCAUCUCUUGACACCGGAGCAAUUUUAAUCCGUCGAUUGCUAAGUGUUUGUUUGGCAUUAAACGUGGAUGGAGGGAAAGGCUAGACGUAAAUAUAGCUACAAAUGAGGCAUAAUGCUGCAAUAUGUACACACAGCUAGCCUAAAUAGCGUGUUAGCAUCGAUUAGCAUGCCGUGCUAAUCGAUGCACAUUCUACAUAAAUCAACUGACGUCCCUGAUUGUGUUGUUACACCCUCCGACAACACACCGACGAGGCAUGAUGUCACCAAGGUAUGGGAAAACAGUCGAAAAAACGGAAAAUAACAGAGCUGAUUUGACUCGAUACGUCUGAUGUGUAGGGGAAAAUGGCGUUGAGUACCGAUGUGAAGUCACGUUCUGACGUCGUCGCUCAGAGAGGCAUAAACAGAAAGGCGUUUAAUUCGCCAAAAUUCGCCCAUUUAGAGUUUGGAAAUCGGUAAAAAAAAAAUAUAUGGUCUUUUUUCUGCAACAUCAAGGUAUAUAUUGACGCUUACAUAGGUCUGGUGAUAAUGUUCCCCUUUAAGGAGUUAUCCGGCUUAGUGUAGACAUAGUCUAAGUCAAAUUAUAAACCCACGUAAGUAAAUUUCGUUGGUUUACCCCCUGACCAGACAUGAACAGCAUGUUUUAACAAAGAGAGACAGAAUAUCAUCAAAAAAAUUAAUUAAAUAUAUGAAACUAAAGAUGUAUAUGCAGUAUUAGCGUGUAUUUGAUUGAGUGAACUAAGGCUGAUUUCCCCCUAACGUUUUGUCUUAGUCCUCUGUCCUCUGUUUUGCGCGUUUACGUCGGGUAAUUAGUUUUUUAAGGUUAAGAACUAAGUGUGCAUAGUUGGCUCUCUACCACAUUUGCAACCAAGUCUUAUGAGAAGAAAGCUGAACAGAAAGCACAUAAAUGGAAGUAACGAUACUGUAUUGAUUUUUAUUGUUAUAACACUUGUGUUUAAUCAGAUAUUUAAUCCUUUGCUGUUCCAGGUAAAUAUUGCUAUUUUUAAAUAUUGUUUUUUGUUUUAAAAUAUUUUGUAGCUUAAAAAAAAUGUUUCUUUUUUUCAUUAUUUUAAAAUUGCUCGUUAUACAAGUCGUGUUGUCCCCAUACCAAUAUUUUGGUACCGGUACCACAAUGUAUUUCGAUACUUUUUGGUACUUUUCUAAAUAAAGGGGACCACAAAAAAUUUCAUUAUUGGCUUUAUUUUACCAAAACAUCUUACGGUACAUUAAACAUAUGUUUCUUAUUCCAAGUUUAUCUUUAAAUAAAAUACUAAACACACGAAAACAUGUCUUUUAUGAGUAAGCAUGCAAACAAAGGCUCCUAAUUUAGUCUGCUGACAUAUGCAGUAACAUAUUGUGUCGUUUUCCAUUCUAUUAUAUUGUCAAAAUUAUUAAGGACAAGUGGUAGAAAAUGAAUUAUUAAUCUACUUGUUCAUUUACUGUUAACAUCUGCUUACCUUCUCUUUUAAAAUGUUCUAUCUACACUUCUAUUAAAAUGUAAUAAUCACUUAUUCUUCUGUUGUUUGAUACUUUACAUUAUUUUUGGAUGAUACCACAAAUGUGUGCAUCAAUUCGAUACCAAGUAGUUACAGGAUCAUACAUUGGUCAUAUUCAAAGUUCUCAUGUGUCCUGGUACAUAGUUCCUGAGUUUAUAAACAUAAUCCAUCCAUUUUUGCGAUGCUAAAAAAUAUCAAUGUAAUCAUAGUCGUACUCUCCUGUACUUGGUAUAAUUACAGUGGAUGUUAGGUGUAGAUCCACCCAUGGCAUUUGUUUACAUUCAAGAACGGUACUUUUUAGAGGCGGUGUAGUACCGUAUAUGAUUCAUUAGUAUCGUGGUACUAUACCGAUACCGGUAUACCGUACAACCCUACAUACAAUUAGCUGACCUGACUGGAGCUAGUAAACUACAAUGACAGACUAGCAUCAAACUUCACUACAAUUCACACAAUUUCAGUAAUGAUUAGAAAGCUAAUCUACUAUGAAGAUUUACAUUGUAAUUUUGUAUUUUAAUUUAAAAUUGAUAGUCAUACAAUCUAGCGAACGCGGCUGGUAGCAAAUAGAGUUUUUACAAUGUAUUACAUUUCAUAUUAGAAUUUACAAUAGCCAUGUUUAAAAUGUAGAGUUUUUAUUAAAAAUUGCUUAUCAUAUUAGCAGCAAACAAACUUUGCUACAUUUUAAUACAUUUCAUCAAUGAUUAGACAAUAAUGAAUUUAAAUUAGCAAUAUUUUAAAAAUGUUAGCAUUUGAAAAUCAUACAUGCUAGCCAACGCGGCUGGGGCUAUUACACUAUAACACUCGCAGCAAACGUUCUUCACUGCAAUUUACCGCAUUUCGUGAAUUAUUAAACUACUUUUGGAAUUUACAUUAGCCAUGCUUACUUUUGUUAUUUUAGAAUCGCUCAUCAUGACAACCAUAGCUAACGCAACAGUGGCUUCUGAACCAUGUGAAGUUCACUUUUUAUAGCUUAUUUUCCGUUUAAUGAUAACAAUCACUACAUUUCGUAGUUAACCCUUAAGCUGACAUGAAUUAUCAAGGUUCAACGGUUCUUGGCCCUGUUUGUCCCGGUAACUUUAAUAAGAUCAUUCAGUAACUCCCCCCAAAUGGUUCUUGGCUAGUUUUUCACCUUUCUAAGAAUCGUUUUUACUCACCAAUUGAGAUCUUGCGUGGAGUUCCGCAUGCGAUUGAGAUCUAGUAAAAUGUCUUCUAUUUUCCAAUUAUUGUGCCAAAAGCGGCACAUUUUUUGACAAAUUUCUUGCUGAAGGGACAAUAGGUUUUGUUGUUGGUUGUUAUGGAAUCAAAUACUAAUUUCACUCACUAAAAUACAAAAAAAAAAGUAUUUCCAGGAUUAUUUUGUUGAUGUUCUGUCCCUCUUAGUUACAGUAAACCUACAGAAAAUAUGAACUGUUAUGUCGUAUUCAUUCAAUGUGCUUUUGGUUCGCGGGUGUGUCAAUAUUUGUACAUAUUCUUUUAUACGCUUAAGGACACAUUGCCCUCUAGUGGCCUGGCAUGCAUAAUAAUGUGCAUCUUUUGCCAAGUCUGUAUGUGUGGGGAUGUUUGUGAAACUUUUUCAGAAAAAAAUAUGUUGUUUGUUUACACAUUUCAGCUCCAAAUGCAGACAUGCAGACACUUACCAUACGCAAUAUUUUUUCUUUGAACGAUGGUGGUACCUCGGUUUUUCGUUAGUGAUCCGUUCUAAAAGUUCUGGCGAAAACUGAAUCAUACACUGUAAAAAAAAAAAGUUAAAGUUCCUAUCACAAUAAAAACAACUAAUAGCUCAGUUGCCAGAAUUUUACCGUAAAUAUAACAGUUUUUCCAUUUACAAUAAUGCACUGUUAAAACGGCCAUAGAUUUUCACGCUAAAAAAAAAAGGCAGCUCAGUCGCCAGAAUUUUUGCCCAAAAAUAACAGUGGUACUAUUUUUUUUUUUUUUUUCAUUUACAGUAAUGCACAGUAGAUCUUGCAGGGGGAAAAAACAGAAACUCAGUCGCCAGAAUUUUACUGUACAAAAUAACAGUGGUACCGUUUUUCAAUUCACAGUAAUUUGGUAAAUAAAACACAGUUUUUUUGUUUUUUUUACUGUACAACCUAUAUAUCAGGGGUCACCAACCUUUUUGAAACCAAGAGCUACUUCUUGGGUACUGAUUAAUGCAAAGGGCUACCAGUUUGAUACACACUUAAAUAAUUUGCCAGAAAUAGCCAAUUUGCUAGAUUUACCUUUAAUAAAUAAAUAAAUAUAUAUAUAUAUAUAUAUAUAUAUAUAUAUAUAUAUAUAUAUAUAUAUAUAUAUAUAUAUAUAAAAGGGUAUUUCUGUGUCAUUCCGUCUUACAUUUUUUUCCCUUUUCAGGAAGGUUUUUUGUAGAGAAUUAAUGAUGAAAAAACACUUAAUUGAAAGGUUUAAAAAAGUAGAAAACAGGAAAAAAAAUUAAAAUUUAAUUUUGAAACAUAGUUUAUCUUCAAUUUCGACUCUUUAAUUUUCAAAAUUCAACCGAAAAAAAAAAAUUAAAAAAAACUAACAAAUUCGAAUCUUUUUGAAAAAAUAAUUUAUGGAACAUCAUUUGUAAUUUUUCCUGAUUAAGAUUAAUUUUAUAAUUUUGAUGACAUGUUUUAAAUAGGUUAAAAUCCAAUCUGAACUUUGUUAUAAUAUAGAACAAAUUGGACCAAGCUAUAUUUCUAACAAAGACAAAUCAUUAUUUGUUCUAGAUUUUCCAGAACAAACAUUUUAAAAGAAAUUCAAAAGACUUUGAAAAAAAAUUUGAUUCUACAGAUUUUCUAGAUUUGCCAGAAUAUUUUUGGGGAAUUUUAAUCAUGAUAAAUUUUAAAAAAUAUUUCACAAAUAUUCUUUGUCGAAAAAAAAGAAGCUAAAAUUAAGAAUAAAAUUAAAAUGUAUUUAUUAUUCUUUCCAAUAAAAAAAAAACUUGAACACUGAUUUAAAUUGUCAGGAAAGAAGAGGAAGGAAUUUAAAAGGUAAAAAGGUAUAUGUGUUUAAAAAUCCAAAAAUCAUUUUUAUGGUUGUAUUUUUUCUCUAAAAUUGUCUUUCUGAAUUUUAUAGGAAGCAAAGUAAAAAAAAAAAAAAGUAUUUAUUUAAACAAGUGAAGACCAAGUCUUUAAAAUAUUUUCUUGGAUUUUCAAAUUCUAUUUGAGUUCUGUUCUUUUAGAAUUAAAAAUGUCUAGCAAAGCGAGACCAGCUUGCUAGUAAAUAAAUAAAAUGUAAAAAAUAGAAGCAGCUCACUGGUAAGUGCUGCUUUUUGAGCUAUUUUUAGAACAGGCUACCUAUCUGGUCCUUAUGAGCUACCAGGUGCUCGCGGGCACCGCGUUGGUGACCCCUGCUAUAUAUGAUUUGUUUUACAGUAGACAAAAAAUUUAAAAUAAAAAAUCCGCAUAAGUAGUAAUUUACAGUCAUCUGUUCCAGGCACCCAGAAGUAUUGACAAAAAACCCAUUUUGAUAAAGAAUAACUAAAGUUUUACAUAGAUAAAAAGAAUUACAGUAAACACUCAUUUGUUGCUGUAAUUUUUUUUCCUGGCCUGACCGUGGUAAAGUAUAGAUUUUUCAUUAAUAAAUCAAAUAUUUUGAUAUCUACAGAAUUAAAAAAAAUGUUUAUGACCUUUUUAAUAUUAUGACAACCCUCUAGAUAUGUUUAAUCUAUCAUAGUAAUGCCGCUUUAGGCGGAGCCAAUACUGAAGAGCAUGCCCCGAUUUGUUUGAGCUCGUCUACUGUACAAUAUUUGUAAUUAAUUUAGCCAUUUUUAAAUAUUGAAUUUAGGCCAAAAAUACAUAGAUAAUGCUUAAAAAAAAAUGUACAAAGCCGCAAUCUUCGAAGCAUGAUUGUACCCUUCCAAAUGUAUACUUUCUACCAAUCCGUAGAAUCCGACAAAAUUAUUAUGAUAGUACAAACUAAGAAUGUCAUGAUAUAAGUUAAUGUACAUACAUAAUGACAUUUGGUAUUGCACCGUUAGAGAACCCCAUCGGUAACUUGUUGCAGUGCAUCAACAACCUUGUUGGCCUCCACUUCCAGGCAGCUUGCACACUCCAUGCAGUACUCCAGUACAGUACACUACAGUACAGUACAGUACACCGAAGUACACUCAACCUGCUUCGUGCUCAUAACUUCCUCCAAUGUUGCAGUUUGGAUGAACAUGUAAGACACCAAUGAAUGACUUCUAACUUUCAAAGAACUGUGUGUUUUCUAAAGCAAUUAUACCGAACAUGUAUGAUACUAUAUUAUGAUACUAUAUUAGUGAUAAUGAGGUAUGUGUCUGUUUUCCACACCUCAUUGAUUUCAAUUAUACAUACUUGAAUCCAAUGUCCUUAUAUAAGAUCAUUUCACGUGUCCUGUUUCUCACUCUUGUAGAUUCCCUACACCUGUGAUCCAGAUAAAUCAUCCCCCCCCACCCCCCCCCCAAUUGCAAGAUCAAGUAUUGUGUGGGUGUUGUUUUACCUGCCUUUGAGAAAAAUGGAAUGUCAAUCCACAGUUUGAGAAAUUCAAAAUGAGACCUGCGAAAAUGAAUGUGUUUUACUGUUAUGAUACACCCUGCAACACAAAAGCUGAGUAUUGAUUUUUUUUUUAUUAUUAUUAUUAUUAUUAUUAUUCGGGAAAUUUGACAGGAUCUGUAAACAAACAGCUGACAUUGCAUUUCUUCCACAGAACCAAGUGUUCAGCUCAGGUCCAUUGCUUGCUGGUAUUAUUUGCAUUGCUUGGGGGGAUUACAGUACUGUAAAACACUUGUGUACAGUAGUAGUAGUACUAUUGAAAAUAUCUUUCCCUAUGACUGUGUGAUAUUGGAGAGUUGGUAAAGCUGUCUGAUCCAGUUUUCAAUUCAUAUGAGCAUUUAUACGUCUGCAUAACACAUCUCCAAAAAUAAGAGUUGUUUUCAAUGUG